AUGUAUCAACUUCCGCAUUAUUCUGAUGCGCUCAAACAAUUUCCAUCAGCUGCACUCACAGCAUAUUUUUCUACUGGCGCUGGUUCCGGUGGUAUUGGCAAUGCAAAUAGUGGAAAUCCAAUGAGUUCGGCCGGUGGUCAUCAUUCAUUAGCUGCAGCAGCUGCAGCCGCUGCUGCUGUUGUUUCGCACAAUAAUCCAUUUUCGAUCGAUAAUAUUCUUGCACCACGUCCACGUUUAUCCGUACCAUUAUCUUCUUACUAUGGUGCAACAUCAGCAAGUACUGCUCAGGCGGCUGCCGACUUUUAUUCAUAUCCUGCAUUACAAAAUUUUUUUGCUGCUACAAUGGCUCAAAAUCAUAAACGAAAACGAAGACAUCGAACUAUUUUUUCUGAAGAACAACUUGAACAAUUGGAAGAAGCUUUCAAUCGAACACAUUAUCCUGAUGUUAUGAUGAGAGAAGAUUUAGCAAUGAAAAUUGAUCUUAAAGAAGAACGUGUUGAGGUUUGGUUUAAAAAUCGUCGAGCAAAAUAUCGAAAACAAAAACGUGAAGCAACUGAAAGAUGUCGUCGUGAAGCUCUUGAUAAAUCUCAGCGAACGGAUGGUGAAAGUACAGCAACCGGUUCAUCGACGCCAGGUGCUGGUUCAAGUUCUUCAUCGAGUAGUGUUGGUCAAGAAACAUCAACAAUUAAUGAUCAUUCAUUAACAACAUCACAACAUCUUGCUGUAUGCCCAACAGCAUUGACUUCAGCAGCAAGCAGUAAUAGUAAUAGUUCAACAUCAGACUUAUCACCUGGAAUUCAAUCAGCACAAUCACCAACUUAUUGUCAACAGCCAUUAGCUUUGACAACGACAAAUUCACGAAACAACAACAAUAAUAAUAAUAAUAAUACCAAUACCACUACAAACAAUAACAUCAAUAAUAAUAACAACAAUACUUUAAAUCAUCAUUCACGUAAAGACACUUUUCCAAUAAAUCAUAUUCGACAACAACAAUCUAUGGCAACAAAUAAUUCGAAUGGGCCUUAUCUUAAACUUUAA